CGGCUUUGGUAAACAGAAUGGGCUCUUGCUCUAGUAGAGAGUAUCUCAUUAACUGUGCUCCCGCGGUUGCGGGAGAUAAAGAAAGAGAGAGUAUGGAAUUUAGAAACCCAUUGUCUCUUGUCAAAGAGAAUAGAGGAGUGGAUAAAUGAAAUGAAGGCGGCCAUAGCCACAGGAGCCACAGCCCAGGGCGGGUUUAUACUCCCGUAUAAUAAUAGUAGUAGAACUGAAGAAUCCCACUGUCAUUCAUGGAAGAAGAAAACGGUCUAUCCCAAUCCCAAUUCCUAUCUGCCAAAGCCACCUCGGCUCUUAUUACUAGUAUGUGCCACUGCCAAUGGCACUAAUACCAGUACCAAUGAUCUGGGUCUGGGCGGCGGUGGUGGUGCCAAAGGCUCAGGAACCACUGCCAGAGGACGCAGACUUCUUAAAAUUCGUGAAGAGAAGAGGAAACGCGAGCACGAUCGCCUUCACAACUACCCUGCCUGGGCCAAAGUGUUGGAAGACGCCUGCAAAGACGAUGCUGAGCUGCGAGCGGUUCUUGGAGAUAGCAUUGGCAACCCUGAGCUCAUGAGGAAAAGGGUUGAAGAAAGAGUUCGCAAGAAGGGUAGGGACUUCAGCAAAUCCAAAACCGGUUCUGUCCUUGCCUUCAAAGUCACCUUCAGAGACUUCAAUCCUCUUGAUUCCUACAUAUGGUUUGAAUUCUAUGGAUCGCCAUCUGAUCGCGACGUCGAGCUCUUUGGCAGUGUUAUUCAGUCAUGGUAUGUUAUGGGACGCUUGGGUGCCUUUAAUUCUACUAAUCUGCAGCUUGCAAAUUCUUCCAUGGAGUAUAAUCCCCUUUAUGAUGUGGAUAAGGGUUUCAAAGUGAUGCCAUCUUCAUUUCAUGAUAUCAGUGACGUUGAGUUUCAGGAUAACUGGGCUCGUGUUUGGGUAGACCUUGGUACAGCUGACUAUUUUGCCAUGGAUGUGCUCCUCAACUGCUUGACCGUCUUGAGCUCAGAAUAUCUAGGCAUUCAACAGAUAGUUUUUGGUGGGCAUAGAAUUGGUGAUUGGGAAGAGGGGAUGACCAACACAGAGGAUGGAUAUAAGUAUUUCAAGAUCUGAAUAUAUUCAGAUAUAGAUGUUUCUGAAAGUUGUACUGUUUCGAAGGGCUUGAGGUUUCAUAACAUGUAUCUUACGCCAUGUUAUGAUCCUGUCCCAUAUUUUAUCGUUACCUCUUCCGAGGGCUUAGAGUUAGCAAUUUGUGACCAUGUUCUUAUACAUUUUGCAUCCUUUUUUAAGGUCAAGCUAUUAAGCAUCUAUAUUUAUUUUUC